AUGUGGUAUGCGAAAAAGUAUGAUCCACUUCAAGCUGGAAGUAUUGAUGGAACUGAUUCUGUACCGCACGAUCAUGGAAUUAUAAGAGCUCAGUUAUCAAAUUAUCUUCCACCCAGAGAUAAUAAUGAUAUUACUAGUGAUCCAUAUAAAACUUUGUUUGUUGGAAGAUUAAAUCCAAUUACUACAGAAGGAACAUUAAGACAUCUUUUUGAGAAAUUUGGAUCUAUAAAAAAAGUUAAACUAGUAUGCAACCUAGUGACAGGAGAUCCACGUGGAUAUGCUUUUAUUGAAUUUGAUCAUGAAAAAGCUUGUGAGGAUGCCUACAAAAAUUCAUAUAAAUUGACGAUCGAUGAUCGUAUGGUUUUAGUUGAUUAUGAAAGAAGUAGAGUAAUGAAAGGAUGGAUACCUAGACGUUUAGGUGGCGGAUUCGGCGGUAGAAAAGAAUCUGGCCAACUUAGAUUUGGAGCAAUUGACAGACCGUUUAAAAGGCCAUUACAUGUUGUAGGAAAUCAAAAUAUGCCUGAAAUCCUUCCUGAUCAGAAACAUGAAGACUGUUGGCGCAGACAAGAUAAACAGAGAUCUAAAAAUGAUCAUUAUAGAAAUGAUAGAAAAAAACCAGAUGAUAGGCAUUCAUAUAGCCAUGAUAGGAAUGAUGUUGGUGAUGGAAAUAGUAGUAAAAUUUGCAAAGAUGAAGAAGAUUAG